CACCGUUUUCCGCGGAGGCGCGCGCACGUUCCAGCACCUUGGACAGAGCGCCUCGCCGCAGUGUCUAAGCGCGGAUUCAACCGGUGGCUCGCCAGCUUGAGGCGUCCACUGACGGCCGCAGAUGAGUGAACGGCACACGCGAGAUGCGGUCAUUGCACACAAGGGGACACGCCAAUCGCUCACUUUAGUUUUUUAGGUGGUGGGAGGGGUCAGGGAGGGGAGUUACGUUUGUGAUCCUCCAUCGCGUGGGUAGGCGUGCCAUCGGAUGAGUGCUCGACUGGGCUGAGUGGAAAAGCUGAGUGUGAGGCGAGCGCGGUCCGCUGUGGUGGUGCCUGAGAGAAGCCUCCAUGAUUUAAGGAUGCUGUUGGGAAAUGCCUGGAGACAGAGAUGACGAGAUUUGUCGAAAGGCACUUGAACUCCUUUCAGAUCUUUGUUCCAAAGGGGAAGUGCAGAGUGAAAACUGCCUGGAUUUCAUUUACUAUUUCCGUGAUUUGGCCAGGCCACGCUACACGGACUCGGAUGUGUCAGUGAGUCUGCUGUCACUGGUUGUGACAGCCUGUGGCUUGGCUCUAUUUGGGGUCUCUCUCUUUGUGUCUUGGAAGCUCUGCUGGAUACCAUGGAGGGAACGUGGUCUCUCCCCCACGACCAAGGAGCCCCACGGGGGGCACCUCAACCCAGCCAUGAGCCCUUUGCCCUCACAGCCUGUUCCGAGGCAGCCAGUUUACACGGCUGUGGACCCCCCGGCCCUCGACCGCCGUGAAUCGUCUCACUGUUCCAUCGCCAAGGAGCCAACGCCAAUGGCAUCGGUUGUGUCUGUGGAAGCUCCAGUUACUCCUGUAUCACCCCCUCCCGUUGCCCUCGUCCCACCGGAGGCAGCCAUGAAGAUCAGUCACACAUCUCCAGACAUUCCACUUGACGCGCAGGAAAAAAGUCGCGAAAAUGGGGUUCAUACCAACCCUCGUAUUCAGAGGCAGACGACAGAACCCUCACCCUCUGGGCACUCCAUGUCAGAAAUUGGACAGGAUUCGAUACGCCGUCAUAUGAACCUGUCAAACCCCGACUUCAACGUGGCCCAGUUCCAAAGGCAGGACUCACUGACUGGUAUGGGCCUGGGCCUCGGGCGCCUCAAACCUGAGCUCUACAAACAACGCUCUUUGGAAGGAGACGAUGGAAGUCACAGAGGCGGAGGAUGUGGGUGCCUCCACUUCAUCCUCAAGUUUGACUGUGACCUGGAGCAGUUGAUUGUUAAGAUCCACAAAGCAGAGGACCUCCCAGCCAAGGAUUUCUCCGGAACUUCUGACCCUUACGUUAAGAUCUACUUGCUGCCUGAUCGGAUGACGAAGCAUCAGACCAAGGUGCACCGCAAGACACUCAACCCUGUGUUUGAUGAGGUUUUCUUGUUUCCUGUGGCCUACUCAGAGCUUCCCACGCGCAAGCUGCACUUCAGCGUCUAUGACUUUGACCGAUUUUCACGACAUGACAUCAUCGGUCAAGUGGUGGUGGACAACUUCCUGGAUCUGGCAGAUUUCCCACGGGAGACAAAACUCUGCCGGGAAAUCAAAUAUGUCUCCACGGAUAACGUGGACCUGGGUGACCUUAUGUUUUCUUUGUGUUACUUACCAACCGCUGGAAGACUGACCAUCACAAUGAUAAAGGCUCGCAAUCUUAAGGCUAUGGACAUUACGGGCGCAUCUGAUCCAUACGUGAAGGUUUCACUGAUGUGUGACGGUCGCAGACUGAAGAAGCGGAAGACCUCCACAAAGAGGAACACUUUGAAUCCAGUAUACAACGAGGCCAUUGUUUUCGAUGUUCCCCCUGAGAACAUUGAGCAAAUCAGCCUGUUGAUUGCAGUGAUGGAUUAUGACCGAGUCGGUCAUAAUGAGGUCAUCGGUGUGUGUCGGGUUGGCAACGAUGCAGACAACCUCGGUCGGGACCACUGGAGUGAAAUGCUUACGUACCCCCGAAAACCUGUCGCCCACUGGCAUCCUCUUGUGGAGUACCAGGGGACCACAGGUAGUAGCCAGGGAGGAUCCUGUAACUCUCUGAAGGCACCUCCCUCCCCAUAACCCAGAAUAACACUUUACAUAACAUCUCGACAGGCCCUCGGCUCAGUCUUGUGCUGAUGUGGAUUACUGCACACGCACAAUGAAAAGAAUGGUGCAGCCAUCCAAGAUAUUUCUGGAUGGAGAGGACACAACUGGACCAGUUGCAUGUUGAAUGAUCACAUUGAUGGAUGUUUUCUUUUUUAUAAUGCUCCAUGAGAAAAAAACAAAACAAAACAAGACAAAAAAAACCCCGACAGGCACACCAAGACAUUUGACGUCUGUCUUCAAAGGGUUUACAUGAGUCACUGUUUUUCCAUUGUCUUGUUAUUUGUCUAUCAGAGGUGAGUCUGUGAUUGCACAAUGUUCUUUACAACCGGUCAAACAAACUUUCCCCUCAUUCAUUUGGUGGUGAUUGGUGCAUGAAGUCUUGCUUGUUGGGAUAUCUCCCCUUGUUUGUUUGUUCGUUUCCCUUCUACUUUGGGCCUAUUAUGUGUUUGUUGACAUGUAGUGAAAGUCGAUUUCUCAAGGAGGUGUUUGUCAGUGCAGAAAAACAAGACUAAAUAUUGUCAAUCAAUAUGAUGGAAUUAAAUUUCACCAUUGUCAAUCCAAGAUUACCUGCAUAAUUGGUCUCGUUAACAUCAAUACAUAUUUGUUUUCUCAUUCCUUGACACGUUUAAAACCCGAGUUUACUUUCACAGCAGAUUUCAGAACCCUUCAAACAUACAGGGGCAUAUUAGGCCCACUCUAAAAGAAAAGUAAUGAUACAAGGUGAACAAGUCAAUAUUUGACCAUGAAGUUAUUAUUUUUUGGGGGGGAAAAGGGACAAAAUUACAAAAGAUUUAGAGGGUCUUGUUGCAUACUAACAACAGAUACAACCGAUAAAGGCUCGAGUGGGAGAUGGUGCUGGUCUCAGACAAUUUGCAUUGCAAAAUGCUGAUUUCGCGCCUGAUUUAAACACAUUGGAAUGCAAAAGUGAGAAUCAAUCGCCGAGACAGUGUGUAAAAGCUUUACUGGGUGUUAAACGUGGUGCUGGAAUGCCGUACCAGUUAGAUACAAGUAGUAAUGCAAUUCGGCUGGCUAUUGCUGUGGCUAAACAUGUUGCGGAGUCGCUCCUAGGUCAGAAAUCAUGAUCGCUGUGACGGCAAAUAAGCCGGUGUUUCCCUACCUUUGUUUACCAAAGGCACAUAUUUCUCAUCGGAAAUAAUCUUACGGGACACCGCUUAGCAAAACAAUUCACAAAAAGUGGGUAGACGGGUUAAUGAUGUAUCUUUUGCUUUCUACUGGAAGAGCAUUUUUUGUUCUGCCUGUCACUAUGUGUGGUUGGUUAGAAAGAUCAUUGAAAUUGAAUAAUUUUCCGUGGGACACUUGAUCCGUCACGGCACACUCAUGUGCUGCACAGCACGCUGGUUGGGAUUCACUGGAAUAAGCCAAACUUUGGUUCAGACAAGUAAUUUUCUCACAUAGGAAGGUGAGGAAAAAUAGAGAAGCCAUGCUAAUUGCUAAUUUAACCGAAGACUGACCAGGCUAGCACGUUAAACACUGGAAUUAAAUGCUUUGGUGACAUUUUUCUCAGACGGCUGGCUGAAAUUAUGCUAAAGCAAAAAACCUUCAACUUUGAACAGCAAAAUAGCAGGCAAAAUAAUUAGUGUCUGGACUUCGGGGAAAAUAGCUAACAAAUCUAGAACGAGAAAUGAAUUACGGUACAUUGCCCCAUACGUGAGCCGGGAGGAGUUGCCUGUUUUGCUGUUACAUGCAAUGUGAAUUCAAGACAUAAAAACUUGGUUAUAUAAAAAAGAAAAACACAUUUUCACAAAUUAUAUUUUCAUAUUCUUAAUAUUUAAUAAAACAUUUGUCUCACUGUAAGUGUGUGUGUAUAUAUGGGCGGCCCAUAUACAUACAUAUAUGGCCGUCCAGUGGUUAGCACGUCAACCUCACAGUGCAGAGAUACGGGGUUCAAUUCCAGCUCCUGCCUCCCUGUGUGGAGUUUGCAUGUUCUCCCCGUGCCUGUGUGGGUUUUCUCCGGGUAUUCCGGUUUCCUCCCAGAUUCCAAAAACAUGCAUGGCAGGUCAAUGCUUUCUCUGAAUCACAACCCAAGAUUGUGAUGAUAAGUGUGAAUGGUUGUUUGUGCCCUGCAAUUGGCUGGCAACCAGUUCAGGGUGUCCCCCACCUACUGCCUGAAGAUGGCUGGGAUUUUAUAAUGCGGCCCUUGUGAGAAUAAGCCCAUUAUAAAAUGGAUGGAUGGAUGGAGCUUUGUGAAGAUUCAAAGCUUUAUUGAAAACCUAAAAUGUGAAAACACACCACACAAACACACUCAUAAAGCUAUCCCUGACAACGGGCCAUCAGAUGGAUUUCAGUCCUGGAAAGAUGGGCGCAAUCAAAUGUGUUAUUCAUAAUUUGUCAAGAUGUUGUCCAUGUUACUUGCUUUUGAAAGACGUGUGUGGUUCUCUUUUGCAUGCUAACAUGAAAUGGUUGAAGGUGAUCUUGUUCUUGGUCUGGAAAAUAAUCACUUCACACACUGUAAACACUUCAAGGAUGACUGCAUAUGAUUAAACAUCAAAAGAUUCUUUUUUUUCUUCCAGUUCCGAGUCAUGUGGCCUAACAAAUGUUCUUUUAUUGACUUGAAAUGUUUUGCGAUUGCCACGUCUCUCUACUGUGCCUAUGUGGAUGUUUUAAGGCUCGUGCUGUUCUGUUUUACCUGUUUAACGGAAAGCGGUUACAAUAAAGAGUAGUAAUUGGAAUCA